AUGAUGGGAAGACUGGCUAGCAGUACAGAUUCAGAGUAUGAUGAUGAAACAAUUCACAGAAUAUUCUCUCAGGGCCUGCAGCAGAUGUCCACUGAAGGUGUUCACUGUGCUGCUUAUUACAAAGAAGUGGGGCUUGAAUACCACCACCAUCUCUCAAUGACUUUGGCUUGGGAGGUGGAGAAGCUCUCAAGGCUCAAACAUUUCCUCAAUGGUGAACAGCAGGACAUUGAGUUUGUUACUGCUGUUCAAAAGAACGAGGUGAAAAGGAUCACAAGGUUGAAUGCUGAACUUGAUGAGCUUGAUGUGUUUCUUCCCUUGGACCCGCCAGCUUCAGAUUUUGAUGAUGCUGAUACACACUCUAUUGGAGAUCCCCACCACUCUGAUCACUCAUAUGUUGGAGACCCCCCUGAGGAUGGGCUGGUGAUGGUGUGGGAGUGA